AAUGUGCAAUAAAUAGAUAAUGUAAUUAUUUUUACAUUAUUUGUUCACAGUUUACUUGUAGGAAAUUAUUUAAUCCUAUCGAAAAUAAUUGUUAUGCAUCGUUCUAUUAUAAAUAUAUCUUUUCACUUUCAGGUCGUAAUUUCUAGCAAUGCACAAUAUAAACGCAGAAGGUCAUUAUGGCAAUGUUAAUGGAGCAAAUAAUACAGAAAAGGUGUGCAUUUUAGAUGCUGGUGCACAAUAUGGGAAAGUUAUUGAUAGAAAAGUUAGAGAAUUAUGUGUGGAAUCCCAGAUUAUACCACUAGAUACUCCCGCUUUUAAUAUAAAAGAAGCUGGUUAUAAAGCAAUUAUUAUCUCUGGAGGACCCAAUUCUGUUUAUGCUGAAGAUGCCCCACGUUAUGAUGCUGAUAUUUUUAGGAUAGGUUUACCUGUACUAGGAAUUUGUUAUGGAAUGCAAAUGAUGAACAAAGAAUUUGGCGGCACUGUGAUCAGAAAAGAAACCAGAGAGGAUGGUAUUUUUUCAAUUGAAGUUAAUACAAAAUGUUUAUUAUUUAAGGGUUUGGAUAAAAUGCAGCCAGUUCUUCUAACACACGGAGAUUCUAUAGACAAAGUAGCAGAUAAUUUUAAACCGAUCGCGCAAAGUUCAUCUUUUUGUGCCGGCAUUUGCAAUGAAAAACUUCACUUGUAUGGCGUUCAAUUUCACCCAGAGGUAGAUCUUACAGAUAACGGAAAACAUAUGUUAAAGAACUUUCUGUUUGAUAUAGCAGGCCUGACGGGCAACUACACAAUGGAUGGACGUGAGAAUGAAUGUAUAAAAUAUAUAAAAGAUACCGUAGGAAACAACAAAGUACUUCUGUUGCUCAGCGGCGGUGUCGAUAGUACUGUAUGUGCAGCUCUCCUUCACAAAGCUCUCACACACGACCAAAUUAUAGCGAUACAUAUAGAUAACGGAUUUAUGCGAAAAAAUGAGAGCACUAAAGUAUACAAUUCCCUACUUAAAAUCGGUCUCGACGUAAAGGUUAUAAGAGCGGCAUCAACGUUUAUGGAAGGCACCACAAUAGUUCCAGUGGAUAAACAACAAACUAACAGAACAAUGGUAACGAAAAUGCUGUGCAACACGUCUAAUCCUGAAGAAAAACGAAAGAUAAUAGGUGAUAUUUUUGUUAAAAUCGCCGACGAAAUUGUAGCCGAUCUCAAUCUCAAAGCUGAAGAAGUGUACUUAGCUCAAGGUACUUUGCGACCAGAUCUCAUUGAAUCUGCCUCUAAGUUAGUAUCCAGCAAAGCAGAUACGAUUAAAACGCAUCACAAUGAUUCUGAACUCAUUAGGAAACUCAGAAAUGAAGGACGAGUUGUAGAACCUCUAAGAGAUUUCCACAAAGACGAAGUGAGAGCGAUAGGUCGAAAUUUGGAUCUACCUCCGGAGAUAGUGAUGAGGCAUCCUUUUCCUGGCCCGGGUCUAGCAAUCAGGGUUUUGUGCGCAGAAGAACCGUUCAUGGAAAACGAUUUCUCAGAGACUCAAGUGUUAGUGAAAAUUAUAGUCGAAUUUCAUCAAAUGCUGCAAAAAAAGCACGCCCUGUUGAAUAGAGUGGAAGGAUUUAUUAACGAUGAUGAAAGGGACGCUCUGCGACAGAUAUCAAGCAAACAAAAACUAGCCGCCACUCUCCUACCGAUUCGUAGCGUUGGUGUUCAAGGCGACAGCCGAACCUACAGCUACGUGGUCGGUAUUUCUUCGGAAAAAGAUCCCGAUUGGAACGAUCUGUCAUUUUUGGCCAGUCUUAUGCCUAGAAUUUGCCGCAACGUCAAUAGAGUUUGUUAUAUUUUCGGAGGAAUCGUCAAGGAACCACUGCCCGAUGUUACCCACACUUAUCUUACCAGUAAUGUACUAAGUACUCUGAGACAAUGUGAUGAUAUAGCAAUGUCGAUAUUACAUAGUAGUGGUUAUUCCGGUUCAAUUAGUCAAAUGCCAGUUGUCCUUAUACCGUUACAUUUCGAUAGAGACCAAGCCUUAAGGAUUCCCUCCUGUCAGAGGUCGGUGGUUUUGCGCCCGUUUUGUACACAGGAUUUUAUGACUGGAGUGCCUGCUUUGCCCGGAAAACAAGUACCUAUAGAUGUGGUCCAAAAAAUGGUUCAAGAGGUAGUCCAACUGCCAGGAAUUUCCAGGGUGCUGUACGAUUUAACGCCAAAACCUCCAGGAACGACUGAAUGGGAAUGACACGCACUAAUUGUAAUUAUUAUUAUUUGUGAACUAAUAUAUUAAGCUGUUAAGAUACAUUUUGUUUUCCGAAUUUUUUUCGUUAUAUCGAAUUUUUUGGUUUAUUAAACCGGUUAAAUUUAAAA